CCUACUGGCUUGACUCCCCUGCCCCUCCCACUUUGUCUCCACGCUGCCUCCAUGUGAACUUGUGGCCUCUCUCCCCUCCUCUCAUGUCAACAAGCUGUGGUAGUUCCAUUCCCAUUAAAUACCUCUCUCUUCCACUCUGCUCCCAAUCUCUUCCCCCUCCCUCCACUGCUUCUUAAAAAUCCAAACUUUAGUCAGUCUGCUUUACCAAAAUUCAAACUUUAGAUCUACCAAUGGCUUCUCUCCUCUCUCCCACUAUCCUUCUUCUCUUUCUCCUCUUCCUCCACCUCAAUUUCUCCCUUUCCUUCUCCUCCCCUGCUUCCCAACUCCAAAAAUCCGAGCUUCUGAGCAGAAGAAAGUUCAUCUCCAUGGAGGAUGAGGAGAAACCGGCCUCAAAACCCCUCCUUCCCAAGAAAAAACCCAUCUUGGAGACCAAAAACCAAACCAAACUCAUUAAACCCAAGAAAAACAACUCCACCACCACCAUUCCCUCCGCCGCCACCCCGAAAUCCAAGCUCAACAAAACACUCACCUCCACCCCCAGAACCUCCAAUUACACCAAGCUCGUCAAACCCACCAAGUUGACAAAAUCCAAGUCCAACUCCACCAAUUCCGCCAAAUCCGAGCUCAAAUCCCUCAAAUUAUCCUCCAAUUCCACCAAAUCUUCCAAGAAAAUCCUAGAUCCGCCCCUUCCCAGGAACAAGACCACCACCCCCAAACCUGCCACCGCCGGCGAGAAGAAUGCGAAACCGAAGCCGAAGUCCGCCACCGCCAAACCGGAACCCUGGCUCGCCGGCGACGAGGGCGACGACCUCAUCGCCGAGGUCCGCGGCCUACCAGCCCGCCUUCAAGAAUCCCUCCUCCCCGACCUCGAGCGUCUCUCCACCACCUCCAAAGCCUACCUCUCCCGCGCCAACCGCGGGAUCGCCGAGGGCGUCAAGCCCUUUGUGGGAAAAAGUUUCGCUCCCAAAAUAGCCUCCAUCGCCUCCGUUCUAUUUCUCGUUCUGCCCCUGCUUCUCGUCACCGCGCUCUUCCGCCGCCUCCGCUCCUACCUCUCCCUCCACCGGCUCCUCGUCUUCAUCCAGGCCUACCUCGCCAUCUACUUCGCGACGCUCGCGAUCACCGCCCUGGUGACGGGCCUCGAGCCGCUGAGGUUUUUCUACGCGACGUCACCGUCAUCGUACGCGUGGACGCAGGCGGUGCAGACGUUCGGGUAUUUGGUAUACUUGGUCGUGCAGCUGAUCGAUUUGGUGGUCGUAUUCUCCGCCGGCGAGGCGGUGGGGGCGGGGGCGAGGGUGUUGGGGCUGGCGCAAAUGCUGGUGGGGUUGGCGGUGGGGAUGCACUACUAUGCGGCGGUGUUCCACCGGGCGGUGACGGGAGAUCCCCCACGGGCCAACUGGCGUGUCCACGCGGUCUACGCUUCGUGCUUCCUCGUGAUCUCCGCGUGCGCGCGGGCGGAGCGCCGGAAGAAGACCUACCUCAACGACGGAGGAGAAGACGGAAAGAAAAGCUAAAAAAAAAAAUUUAAAAAUAUCGGGACAUUUUGGGAACGACGUGAGGGCAUAAUGGGAAGAGGAAUAAUGUUAUUAUUAUGUUAUAUCAUUUUACAGGACUCUUGACCGGUGGGAGAAUCUUGUCGGUGGAGGGUAGGGUGGGAAACUUUUAUUUUUUCUGCUGUUUGAUUUUUUUUUUUUAAUUUAGUUUAAACUUUUAUCAGUGGUAUGAAGGCAGAUUGGGAAUAAAGUAGGGGUAUUUUGGGAAUGUUUGUAGUGUCGGUGGCAUGGUGGGCUUGGAAAAUCUGAUUUUUCUAUUUUUGGGUGGUGAGUUGGUUUAUCUGUGCAAAUAACAGGGGUGUCUGGGAACAAAAGCAAAUUUUACAAGGUGGGAGAUAUUUUAGGAAGAAUUCUUAAUGUGAGGGAUUCAAAAAAAAAUUUCUUCAAGUGAGGGCCAGGGGGAAUAUAGUGUUGUGAAAUUGUAAUGGAAGCAAUAAGAGGAUCAAUAAAACAAAAGUAUUUUU